ACAAAUGCUCUCGGUCCAGCCAGACACCAAGCCGAAAGGUUGUGCUGGCUGCAACCGUAAGAUCAAGGACAGGUACCUCCUGAAAGCCCUGGACAAGUAUUGGCAUGAAGAUUGUCUGAAGUGCGCGUGCUGUGACUGCCGGCUGGGCGAGGUGGGCUCCACGCUCUACACCAAGGCCAACCUCAUCCUCUGCCGCCGGGACUACCUCAGGCUUUUUGGCGUCACGGGGAACUGCGCGGCCUGCAGCAAGCUCAUCCCCGCCUUCGAGAUGGUGAUGAGGGCCAAGGACAACGUGUACCACCUGGACUGCUUUGCCUGCCAGCUCUGCAACCAGAGGUUUUGUGUCGGAGACAAGUUCUUCCUGAAGAACAACAUGAUCCUGUGCCAGACGGACUACGAAGAAGGCUUAAUGAAAGAAGGCUACGCACCCCAAGUCCGCUGA